AUGGGAUCUACUCCGUUUACUUCCCCGACAAUCCACCGGGCCGAGGGUCUGCCUUAUUUUACCCCCGCCAACAAUGCUGGAGCAGCUGUAAACCAACAGGACCCCAACACCCCGACGCUGUUCCGCCCUUUACAGAUUCGAGAUGUUACACUGAAGAAUCGUGUGAUUGUGGCGCCGAUGUGCACCUACUCCACUGAAUCAGACCCAACUUCUCCAGCUGUAGGCGCUCUCACAGAUUUUCACAUCGCGCAUCUCGGUCAUUUGGCCACGAAGGGAGCCGGCCUAAUUUUUAUUGAAGCCACAUCCAUUCAGCCCAAUGGUCGGAUUUCGCCCAAUGAUUCUGGCCUUUGGCAAGAUGGGACAGACUCCGAACAGUUCAAAGGACUUCGCCGCGUGGUGGAUUUCGUUCAUAGUCAAGGGGCCAGAAUCGGCAUUCAGCUUGCUCACGCUGGUCGGAAGGCUAGCACGGUCGCACCCUGGCUCGCAGCCCAAGCCAAGCAACGCGGCAUCAAAGCCGACGAAAGUGUUGGUGGUUGGCCAUCAAAUGUGGUUGGCCCAUCUGGCGGGGAAGAGCAAAUUUGGGCCCCUGGUGAUCAAUUUUGGGCCCCUCGCGAGCUUGAAACUGUCGAGGUUGAAGAACUUGUCCGGGCGUUUGCGAGAAGUGCAGAGCUUGCUGCACAAGCAGGAGUGGAUGUAAUUGAGAUCCAUGGGGCCCACGGGUACCUGAUCCAUCAAUUCCUCAGCCCCAUUACCAAUCGACGAACGGACAAGUAUGGUGGCAGUUUUGAGAACCGAACUCGGCUCUUAUCCGAGGUGGCUACUGCAAUCCGUGCCGUCGUGCCAAGUGGAAUGCCCUUGUUUCUUCGUAUUAGUGCGACGGAUUGGCUCGAGAAUCAAGCUGUCGCAGCAAGAACUGGAAGUUGGGACAUGCCAUCCUCAAUUCAAUUGACAAAAUUGUUACCAGACCUGGGGAUUGACUUCCUGGAUGUCAGUUCAGGCGGUAAUCACAAAAGCCAACGUAUCGAGCCUCAUACGAACUAUCAGAUUGAUCUCGCUGGCCAAAUUCGUCAAGAAAUCCACGCUGCUAAGCAUACGACGCUGGUUGGAGCGGUUGGCUUCAUUACAGAGGCUGAGUCCGCUCGCGAUAUUGUUCAGGGUGCAGAAGAAGAGGCACAGGCGACCGAGGCAAUUUUGUCUGGCCACAAGCCUAAGGCCGAUGCCGUGUUAAUGGCCCGUCAAUUUUUGCGUGAGCCUGAAUGGGUGCUCACGGCUGCCAAGAAACUAGAUGUGAAGGUAUCUCUCCCAUGGCAGUUUACCAGAGGCUUACUGUAA